AUGGCUCAAAAUCCGGACCACACCUCGGUCAAUCUCCCCGGCCAACCAACCUUGCCGGAUGAAAUUCAAGAACCCCUUCCAUCCAGCGGGCUACCAGAGAUGCUGACCAUUGUGGAGCCGCGAGACGGAGAUCCAGCACUUCCCACCUUCACCCCCACCUUUGACACCCAGGCGUUGCCGACCAUCACCCCAGAACUGGCCGCGCUUUGGAAUACGCUCCUUCACCUAACUCCUCCAAAAAACGCCAACGACCCGAGGGAUGUCAUUGAGUGCCUACAGUACGUUUUACUCUAUGAAGGACUGGAGAAAAACGGAAAAAUGCAGCACCUCCCCACCCCCGCACACACUUGUAAUAUCUGUGGAGAGCGCUUCGUUGAUGCUGGACUAUUUUUGGGGCAUAAUGGGAACCACUUGCUGUUGCUGGAAUACGCCCCUCGCAAAUAUCCCUGUGGCGUCCCAUUCUGCACCCUGCGCUUCAGCACCGUCCUCGAGUUGCAAAAUCAUUGGAUUGAAGUCCAUCCUACGUCGCCAAACGGAGAGCAACUGCGCUUCCAUCGCUACCUGGACGUGGGCAUCGACCCAAGACGGCCCUUCCAAUGCAAGAUCCCCGGUUGCGAUAUGGCAUUCGCGACGGCAAAGGAGGUGGAGCGCCAUGAACAAGGGUCUCGUACUCACCCGAAAAGGCUCCGGAAACAAAGGAGUGCAACGGAGCAGAACGCUUCGUCGCCCGCGAAGAAC